AUGGCUUCACAAGCUCCCAACCAGCCGCGCCCAUACCCGGGCAAUUAUCUUCCUAAUGGCGGCGCCCCAGGUGGUCCCUCAGGGCCAGCGCCUGGAGCUGUCCCGCUCCUCCCCAACCAGGGCCGUGUGAUUCAGCAGGGAAGCGUGCGAGUGCUGUGCAUUGCUGACGUCCGAGGAAACCUGCAAUCGCUCAAUCAGCUCGCUGCCGAUGCACGCGCAAACUACAUCAUCCACACUGGCGACUUUGGCUUUUAUGACGACCGCUCGCUUGAUCGCAUCGCCGAAAAGACUUUAAAGCACGUAGCUCAGUACUCCCCGCUGCUCUCAGACCAGGUCAAGCGUUCCAUUGCAACAGCGCCACCCCAACCUCCCAUCAAGGAACGCUUCGCCCGCGAGCAUCUCCCGCUGUCAGAACUGCCACUCUUCCUUAACAAGACCUACACCCUGAAUGUGCCAGUAUACACCGUAUGGGGCGCAUGCGAGGAUGUGCAGGUCUUGGAGAAGCUACGAUCCGGCGAGUACAAGGUGGACAACCUGCACAUCAUUGACGAGGCACAUUCGCGACUACUCGAUGUCGGCGGUGUUAAGCUGCGACUACUUGGAUUGGGCGGUGCUGUCGUCAUGCACAAGCUCUUUGACAACGGCGAGGGCCGGACAACCAUUGCUGGUGGCCAAGGCACUAUGUGGACUACGCUACUACAGAUGGGAGAACUCGUCGACACAGCCAACCGCGUAUACGACCCGACUGAGACCCGCAUAUUCGUCACCCAUGCAUCGCCCGCACGUGAGGGUCUGCUCAACCAGUUGUCAGUGACAUUGAAGGCCGACUUCUCCGUCUCUGCUGGUCUGCAUUUCAGAUAUGGCAGUUCGUACAACGAGUUCAGUGUCAAUCCCACACUCGACCACUACCGCGGAAAGCUCGCAGCCUCCAAGGCCUCAUUCAGCGAUGUUUGGGAGACUGUCAAGUCCGAGGUUGAACCUGCAGUCGCCGACAGCGAGUCCCAGCAGCGUCUACUUGCCCUAGCACUGGAUAUUGUGAACAAGAUGCCCACCGUAGCGAACGGCGGCAAUCCCUUUGGAGGCCCGGCCCCUGGUCCCCAGAGUGGCAUCAUCGAUGAGAGCGCCUUCAAGAACAUGUGGAACUUUAACCUUGCAGAUGCUGCCUAUGGAUGGCUUGUUCUGGAUAUUGACAAUGGCAGGAUCGGUACCGAGAUGAGAGCUCAGGGAUUCAACUUCGCCCACCGAGGUGGAAAGGUCGUGCCAGGCCAGACACAGCCUGCAGCGGCAAACACUAGCACUGGCCCCCCUGCUAUGGUGAACCCCAGUCCUUCGGCCCAGCCAUCUCCCGCGCCAGGACGUCAAGGCGGACCACCAGGUGCUCCCCAGCAACCCCGUCCGGCUGUUGCAACACCACCCAUUCCUCAGCAACAGAAAGCGGGUGCUCAGCCCACACGGACUGGACCUUCCCCUGCCCCGGCCGCCACCCCCAAGGAGCCACUCAAGGCCGCCACGCCGCAGCCCCCAAGCAACAACACUCCAGCGAACGCGGACAAGGCUAACGCAGGCGAGGGCAAGACCAACGGCGCAGGUGCGCAAGACAAGGGCGCCACCUCGCCUGCUCCUCGGGAACCUGCAGAGCGGAAAGAGAGCAAGGGCCUCUUCAUCGCCGGUGUCAAGGACGAGGAGGAAGCCAAGAGCCUGCUAGCGGAGGAAGACAGGUCCAAAGUUGAGAAGAUGGAGAAGAUCAAGCACUUUUAUGUCGCCCACUUCGCUACCCCCGGAGACAUGCAUGGUGCGCUCCGCCGUGUGCCGGAUGAUAUCAGGAACGCUAGAGGCGGGCCUGACAACAAGACGGUCAAGAUCUACAACGAGCGCGGCCCUGGUGCCAACCAGCCCAGGUACGGCGCCGGAAGCUGGCAGGCGAGCAACCGUGGUGGCGUUCAAGGCGGCGGUUACCGAAGCGGAGGCGCCUCAGACAGCGAAGGCGGUCGCGGAGGUCGCGGAGGUCGUGGCGGUACUUCACGUGGCGGCCGAGGUGGGGAGCGCGGUGCUCGUGGAGGCCGUGGCGGAAGGGGGUCCUUCAGGGGCGGUGCGGGUGAAGGUGCAGCAGCAUCAACGGGUGGCGAGUCAUAA